UGGAGUUGGACUUGAUGCCUCGGGUUUGGACCUUCUGCUUGUGAAUAGCGUUUGUUCGCUUGGGCUGCAGAUUCACCCAGAUGGAAAUCCCUGUCCUCUUUAGUGUAUCUUAUACUUCCCUUGUGCAGACAGGAUUAUUAGUGUUCUGUUUAAAAAUAUCGGUGGAAGUACUGUAGUCAGAUAUGGGCAAGGAAAAACGUCAUCUCUGCUGCUUGUCUGUCCUUGGAUUUAUACAUCGACAGUUUCCCUGCAAGAAAACCACACUGGAAGUGCGUGAAUCGGCUGCCAGCUUACUGCUAUGGACAGUGCUAUCACCCUGUGGCAGUUCCUCCUCCAACUCCUCCAAGAGCCUCAGAACAAGAAUAUCAUCUGUUGGACCUCCAACGACGGGGAGUUCAAACUGCUGCAGGCAGAGGAGGUGGCCAGACUCUGGGGAAUCCGCAAGAACAAGCCCAGUAUGAACUAUGAUAAACUCAGCCGUGCUCUCAGAUACUAUUACGUGAAGAAUAUCAUUAAAAAAGUGAAUGGUAAGAAGUUUGUGUACAAGUUUGUUUCUUAUCCGGAGAUUUUAAAUAUGGAUCCACUUGUCGUGGGCCGUAUAGAAGGAGACCCUGAAAUGACUGGUUUUGCGGAAGUUAGCAGUGCUCCAAAGGAUGUGGAAAACUGUGGGAAGGAGAAGGCUCAGUCAUGUGCUAAAUCCUCCAGCCGCAAUGACUAUAUCCACUCAGGCUUGUACUCCUCUUUUACUCUGAACUCCCUGAACUCUUCCAGCGUAAAACUCUUCAGGUCCAUCAAGAUCGAGAAUCCAGCUGAGAAACUGGCAGAGAAGAAACCCGCUCAGGAUCCAACCCCCUCCGUCAUCAAGUUUGUAACCAUGCCCUCCAAAAAGCCUUCGUCUGCCCCCCUGGUCUCUACCCCUUCAACGCUCUCUGCCACUUCCACUGCUUCUCCCGCUUCGAUCGCAUCCUCUCUUCCCAUGGGAUCGGAAGAAACUCUCCAGACGUUGGAGACGCUUGUUCUACCCAAGUUAACUGUCCCUGAAGCUCCAGCACCUUUGCCAAACUUAACCACCAGCUUUACCCCAACUCCACCCAUAUCCUCAGUUUCUCCCACUCUGCAAGUUCCUUCCACGCCCCCGUCGCCGCCCCUGAGCUCUAAUCCUGACCUGGACAUUGACACGGACAUAGAGUCCGUGGCUUCUCAGCAGCUGGAGCAAGCUCAGAGCCUUCAGCAUCAAUCCCCAGAGUCCAAAGAGCAGGAUUCAUCUGUGCUGGAGAAGGAAUUUGCCAAUCACCUCUCCAGAUCUAAAAAACCCAAAGGGCUGGAGUUGGCUCCUACUCUCGUCAUUACAGGCAGCGAUCCAAGUCCACUGGGAAUUCUGAGUCCUUCUCUCCCCACUGCUUCUCUUACUCCAGCACUUUUCUCUCAGACUCCCAUCUUGCUGACCCCGAGUCCCUUGCUCUCCAGUAUUCACUUCUGGAGUACUCUGAGCCCGGUUGCUCCCCUCAGUCCUGCAAGGCUGCAAGGUGCUAAUACACUCUUUCAGUUUCCAUCCGUGCUGAACAGUCAUGGCCCAUUUACUCUGUCUGGACUGGAUGGACCCUCUACCCCUGGCCCGUUUUCCCCUGACCUACAGAAGACAUAGCACAUGAACUCAUGGAAAGGACAUAUUGGCAAGCAAGGGAAAGAUAUGACACUUGUAUUUAACCAUGUUUUUUAAACGAGCAAUUUAUAAUUCUACAGAGAUUAUCAACAAUCAUAGUUUUUGCCAUUCCCAAAUGAAAUGCCUUUUUUGCAAAAUUCCCUUUUUUGAAGACCCAGGUUGGGAAUGUAUAUGCAAACGCCUUAAUAGGAGCUGAAGCUCCGGUCUCUUCUCUUCCCUCCUCGGUUUGGAAGACUUCGCUAUGGUUAAAGGGAGUUUCGGUUGGUGUGGCAGUAACUGAGUCUGCACCGAUGGCAGUAAACGGUAUCAGAGAAGUCUUUUCUCUGUGACUCUUGGAAAAACCCUCUGUUCUGCUUCCUGUGCUUGGCAAGAAGAAAUCUAACGGUGAUCGAAGCUGGCAUUCCAGGAAAUGCUUGGGAAAGGGGUGUGUGCACUCAGCUUUGCCUUGGGGGCUAGUAACUUCUGCAGCGACAAAACAGCCCGCCUCUCUUCUGCUGUAAAAACAUCUUGUCUUUUUGCAGGGAGAAAUUUUCAAGGAAUAUUCAAUGAUUGUGUUACUGAGAUAACGGACAAUUUUUGAAUGGCAUUGUAUACCGCCAGACCAGCCCCUCGGAGAAGCUGUCUGGCUAGCUUCUGGAUGCUUCCCUGCCCUCCCUUCGGUGAGGAGGCGAGGUCUGGAGACAAAUGAAUGGUGGGAUUAGUUCCUUUCAGUUCUCAGAAAGUUUUGAAUGCUGAAGUCCAAACAUUUCUUGUGCCAGAGACCUGUUACAAAGCCUGUAAUCUCACUGCUAGAAGAUUAGCAGGAUGGUGGAUUUGACGUGCGGUUUUGAGGGUGUGUCGUUUUGGUGAGGUUGCUGCCUGAUGCUAGAGUUUCAGACCCAAACAGUGGGCGAGAACACUAACGUCCCACCGUUAACGUUACUGCUCUUUUCCCACAGUUGAAGUGGAGACGCUCCUCUUCUACCAGCUCUUAUCUCAAGUUUCGCAUUAGGUCUGUUGCUUUAUUUUUUUAGUAUCUGAGGAAGCACCGGACCCAAAAUAAGUGAGGCUCAGCGUGAACAGCUAGCUGAGAGGGGUAUCACGGCAUAUCAACCUUCUGGUAAAUUUGCGCUUGCAUUCCUGUUCUUGGUGGCCAUGUUUGUAUGGAUUAAUGCAAGGUUAGUUUCCCAAGCUGUUUGAAACGCUGACGAAAUGAAAUUUGUAGUUAGAUUUUUAUACCUCAGGAGGCCUUUUAAGAACACUGAGGAAUGAAAGAAGAGAGACUCGCCUCUCACGGCCCCUCGGAGGCUGGAUGUCUCGCUCUGGUGGCGCUGGAUGGUGUGCCCCUCCACUUUGGGCAUCUGACGUCAGGCAGCAGCUUCUGUUUGCUACUCUGUACAUAGAGUCAAUGACGUAAGAUAAUCUUCUCCAUAAAAUACCCACUAGAAAACAGGUGGAGACCGUCUCUUUCCUUUGGCAUCCUCACUGGCUGUCUUCAAAGUUUUAAUGAGCAGAGGAAGAUUGUACCUUUACAGCAAGAGGAGCUGACAGUGUAUGCUGUAUAUAUUGCACCUGUCUUAUGGGUAAGCGGUGAACUCGAGCUUUGCAGAGUUCUCCUUUUGCCACUUGUGCAGGCUCUGAAUUCACUUUAAAGCGUAUGACAAUAACCCAAGACUUCAUUCACUGCAGUGAUGUCAUCUUUCUAUAUUCUAGCAUUGAAAUAUGUAAACCACUUAGUAUGUAUGUUCCUGACAUGACACCUGAGGCAGGUGGGUGUGAUGGAGUUGCUUUUUGGGCAUUGUUCAUCCAGAAAAUCCCCUGCCAGGUGGGAGGUGGGAGAGUAUGCCUUCUUUAGGUGGAUGUAGCAGGGAGUAAGCUCACGUACUGAACCGUCUUCCUGCCCGGUUAUGUCAGAGGCAUAAUUCUGCUUUGCAUUUUAGACAUCAGCAGAUGCAGGAUAAAAGUUCCUGUGCCAGCAGCUCUUAAAAUGACAAUGUGCAAUAUUGACCUUUUUAUUAUUAUUUUUUUUAAAAUGCAGGAAGAAAGCUGCAGAUCAUAAUUAAGAGCAGGCAUCUGGAAUUUUCUGGUUUGCAUGAUGGCUUAUGAGUCUGCUCUAGAAAUAUAUAUAUAGCUAUAUAUAAAUAGCAGCACUUUUGAUGGUUUUGAUGGUUUUGAUGGCCAAUUUUAUGCCCACCAAGUGCGUGGACUUGAGAGCAACAUUGCAGACUAGGAUUAGAAUUUAAAAAUAAUUACUGAGCACUAAAGACUUGCAAUUUAAUUGCUUCCUUUUCCUUGUCCCCUAUGGAGAAAAGCCAAUUUAUUUGUUUAAAAGUUGUGUAUGUGCACACGUGCACUUAAUUCUUUGUAAACUUUUAUCACUUUCAGCGUAGGUAUGCAAGAGAACCAAAUGCUAACGUAGCUUGUCACUUGUGCUUGGCCUGGUUUCAUGCCUCUUCUCCAAGUAGCUUUGGAAGAUUGCACGGCCGUAGUGGGCUGGGGAGAUGCGCGUUCGCCACCGGGGAUGCCUUCUUCAGAGAAAGCUGGUAUGAAAUGCAGCCUGUACGUGUUGGUUUCAGUCGGGUCAUAUCCAGCUUCCUGACAGGUAGCGCUGAGGAGAUGGUUGCUUUUGCUUCUUGAGCACCUGGCUAGGAAAAUAACAGUCCCGUGUAGGAUUAUAAUCUCAGGAGGCACUUGGGAAAGCGAGUUGAAAGGGGAGGGGAGGUGGGAGAGGAGCGGCUUGCUGCCUUUUCUCCAUUACAACUUUCAGGUCACUUAAGGUAAUAUUAUCUUGUAUAUAUGCUGCCUCAUUAAACACACAUUUACUGACAAGUAUAUUACAGCCACCUUUUUUGGAUCGCGUUCCUGACAGCACAGCGUCGCUGUGACUUCUUGGAGCUUGGUUCUGUGAAUUGCUGGUACUCUACCAGCUCGCUGCAGAAGCAGUUUGCAGCUCGUUACAACUUGUUUUUAAUUUAGUGUAGGGAAGCAGGGGUUAAUAUAGGCUCUUUUAAUUAUCAUGGUAGCAGUCUGUAAUAUGGGUAUAGUACCGUGUUGGUUUGAAAAAAAAAAAAAAAAAAACCGCAGCAUUACAGAAACAUUUUGUUACAAUUUGUGUUGCUGAAGUAGCCAUGGUAUUGUUGAAUGCUUGAUAAUAUUUGCAUCGGUUAAUUCAUAGAUGGUGGUAGAAUUAGACUGGAUGAGCAUGGAAGCUGAACAUCUGUCUUGCUUCUGGAAAUUUCUAUGUCACUGCUGCUGUAUAAUAGUACUGCAGUUGGAAAGCUUGCACUGCUGGUGCUGCGUGUGCUACGUCUGGCUUUUUUUGACAUCCUGAACUGUCAGGAUGCCACUGGCAACACGUGCUGCUAGCAGAAGUAAUCCACGGAAAGCAGAAACGUGUUAAUAAUACCUAUGGUUGUAGAACCGUAUUUGUUCUGUCUUACCUGUUUCCAGAGAAUGUGAUCCUAGUAACGAGGGUGAUGGAGGAGAGUUGGGUUUUUUUUCUUAACAGCAGCUUAGGUCUAGAUUCUUCUUUCAGAAAUUGGUCUUCAGCAGCAAUGGCUGAAUGUAAUUCCUAUGCACUGUCUUUGGCACAUUCAAGUUGCAUUUUGCAAUAGGUCAGGAAGUGAUAAAGUUCCUUGAAUUUGAGAAUUCGUUGUUUCAACUUAGAGCAUCCUAAGACAUCAGUGAUGCAAUCUCUGGUAUAAUGGAGCAUGCGUUCUAAUACGAGAGGCUUUGGCAGUUCAGUGGUUUGUUUGGGAUAAUUUCUCCCUCUGAUAUGUUUUCAAACCUCAGAUACCUAGCAAAUAGAUUCUUCUUGGGUUUUUAUAGUGUUUAUUCUAACCACAGUGAAGGCUGCUUAUGUGCGUAUCUUCCUUUACACAGCUUUUCAAAGUGCAGUGAGGCACGUUAAUGUCAGAUUCCCUCAUGAGUUCAACUUUCACGUGAGAACUUCUGCAGGUUGAGAUGGGAUGAAAGAGCUAGCCUAGCGCUUUGGUGCAGUUUCUCAGGUGAGCACAGGCACGCAGAGUUCUGAUCCGCUUCUGUAGCGUUUUUCUAGUGCUGAGGUCAGAGCCCACAGUUCUGACAGUCUGCAGGCUACCCGUGGUUUAUUCAUGUAUCUUUUAGUUACCUUUUGCUACUGUUUUAUAGCAUUUUUUGUAUGUACUCAUGUUUUACUAUACGAUUUAACCUCUUCCAUUUUUAAUGCAUAUUUGUUUACAAGACACAUCUCAGUGUUGUAUCAAGAGGCUAUCUUGGUAUUGCCAGUUAUGAAAAUAAACUACGUCAGUAGUUAAGGAACAUUGUCAAAGUCGACAAGUGUUUUAAAACUUGAUGCUUGAGUUUUGGGUGUCCGUAACGAUUUUGUUCUGUUUUGUUCCUUAGUUCUCCUGUGUAAGAAAUAGACGUAACUUCUGGCCUCUGAGGUCAUGGGUAUGGAUAAUUUUAUUUUCUCUUGGUAAUCACGUAGCACGGCAUUGCAAACAAACAGCCCCAGCCCCACAGGACCUUACGCUUGGCAGAUAAGUUGAAAAUCCAUUAGAAUUGCAAUCGUGUUGCUUAGAAGCUGUUCAGAAUGUUUUAAUGAGGUAUAGUGUGUCUUGCCUAAACAGGAAUUUUUAUGGUUUGAUUUGAAUUUAAUUAAACAGUAAUUGGCAAUGGCUGCUGUUUAGUCUGAACAGUAUUAGCAGAUCUGCUUAACGUGGAAGCCUGUGGCUAUUGCCGUCAAGUUGAGUGGUGGUUAACAUGCGACAUGCUAAAGUUGAUCUGCUGAAAUCAGAGGCUGUCAGAUGAAGAUUAAAAGAUAAAAUGCGGUGGUGGUUGUUUUACACAGUCCUUAGGGCUAUUACUGCAAAAGGCUUUGUCGUGGAUCAGCAUCCGUGGAUGUGGCAUUAGUAUGGACUGUGUAGGAGCCCUUCCUAAGAGCUGAUUCAGGACAAAGAAUUUUUGAUGGUAGAACCACCCAUCUUGUCUCCACAGCCUGCUUUUGGUCAUAAGGAUGUAAUACAGGAGCUACCAGGCGGCAGUAACGGCAGCGCUACCGUAUUUCUGCGAUCCGUCGUUAUCAACAGCCCUUCUGUUGCAUGUCCCGACUGGCCGGGUCCCGUCUUAAGCGGAAGGGUUAAAGCUUUGGCUUUGGGUGUCUGGUGGAUCCUGAACUGAGGGAUAGUAUUCUUGCUUUUAUACAAAGAACAAACAAAAAUAAGGGAGAAUAUGUUCACCGCAGAAUGUUGAUUCUUUUUGGAGGGAUAGAGCAUUGCUGGCCGUAACCAUGCUUUGCCAAAAAAACCCCCGUGUGACCCGCAAGGUAAGAAAGCUGGGCAGGGCCCAGUGUUUCUUCUUGAAUGUGUAUGUUAAUGUAUUUCCCUUUGGAGAUUGCAAGAUGUCCGCUUCCUAUAAAUUAUUCUACCAAAAAAAAAAAAGUUUUUUUUUAAAAAAAAAAGUAAAACGGACUAGAAUUUAUUUUUAUUUACCCCCUCCCAAAGAAUGUAGUAGAAGACUUGGACUGUGGAGCUGUUCCAGACAUCUGAUAAAAAACAUACUUGGAGAGCUGAGGACUUGGGUUUUCGAUGCAUUGUUUGAUGGAGGCUGGAAUGGCUAUCUCCACGUGAACAUCCGUGUGUGCACACGCUCGCUGCCUCGGAGGAUGUGUGUUCCUUACGUAGGCUGCCUUCUAGACGUGUAUCAGUCACGCUUCCCGUGUACACUCAAAGCAAAUGCUGCACUAUGCAGUUGCCACUUUUAAAUGUUUUGCACAUGCUGGUGAGGUUUUGGGGGGCUUUUCUGUUUGUUUUUUUAUGUAGUACUUCAAUCAGUUAUACCACAGUGUGGACUAAUUAAUUGCCAAAGGUUAUUUUUAAAUGCAUCUUUGACGUUGUUGUAUGCCACAUCUAAAAAAAAAAAAAAAAAGUCUUAAAUGUGUCUGAAUCGUUUUGUGUUCAUGGAACAAAAGUUUGGACUUCUUUUUUUACUUUCAAACACUCUGUUGAGACCAUGUGUUGCAGAAGGUUUUCAUCUCAAAGUAGGGUUUUUUAGCAGGGGGUGUAACAGGAUAACUUACGAACCUUUGGAAGACGGGGGUCUUUUAAUGGAGACGGGGAAUGAACUGUGAGCAGAGAGGGGAGGAGAGGCUGGAAGGCGUUGUGUUCGGAGCCCAUUUCAGUCCUUGAGCAGUACACGCAGCAGUGCUGUACUAAUAACUGGAAGCCGUUGGGGUUUAUUUUUAUUUUGUUUGGGGUUCUUUUUUCUUUUUUUUUUCCUUUUUUUUUUUUUUUUUUUUUCCUUAACACAGGAAGGCUUUGAGGAUGGCCUCUGCAUGGUUCCUAGUGUGUGCUGUGUGCUGGGGGGGGGGGGGGGGGGGGGGGGGGUUACGAUACCUGGGUUUUGCUCUAGACUCCUUGAGAUGUGUUGUGUUUUUUUGGCUAGCAUGUCUUAAAUCUUCAGGCUUUGAAACUGCUUUAUAGAAUUGUGUUGACUUUUUGUUCUGCUGUUGUUCAGUUGCACAGAGUUUUAUAUAUAUGAUGUACUAGUUUUAACGUUAAUUCUCUGUGAACAGGGUUGAGAUUAUUCAUUGUAGUUUAAAAAAAAAAAAAAAGUUGUAUUCUAAAACUCCCUUUUAAAAAUCUUGUUUGUAUUCUGUUGCAGUGUUACCAGAUGGCCUUAUGUACGUCACAGUGUUUUGUGAUAAGUACAGUAGCACAUUUAAUGCUUAUCUCCUCCCCCCCCCUCUGUUUUUAUAGCUGAGAAGUAUAUUCUGAAUAAUAGAGGUGAAUAAAUGGGAAAAUUCUAGCAGCAUGUACGGUAAGGAGAGUGGUUGUCUCCACUAAUGUAUAUUAGGGCAGCUGGAAUUAAUCUGGGACUGAAACGACUCUGAAUAGGGAUCGUUAACCAGCAUGAGACUUUGUCUUGGGAAUUCUGAGAAUCUUUGCACGAGCUGAUGGCAGAUGUGAAUCGUAUGCCAGAAGCUUGUAAAUCAGGAUAGAUCCGUUGGCUUCACUGCGACUGGUCUAACUUACAGCGGCUGAGAAUCUGGUCUGUGCAGCGUCUUGCCUCUGGCUCAGAUGGAGUCAAGGGAGGGAAGCUGAAGUUUAAAUUUUAGAGAACUUAAGCAACCUAAUCAGCUGUGGUAAUGUGUGACAGUUGUUACUCUGUUUGUUUUUUAAAGUGCACAUCUGUUCUGGAAAGUGACUUUCAGACGCCUUCAGUGUUUUACUCCUCGAUUGAAUUUUUAGGUUAACCUGGGUUCUUUGCAAAUCAGCAAGAGGAUGUCUGCAAUGUUUUUUAUACUACAGCAGCUCUGACCUCUCUGCUUGGGGCAGACGUUCGUGUCAACUAACUUACUCCUGACCUCUGGAAUGGAUUCCAUUUUACUUUCCUGUGAUUUUAGUAGAACUGUCAGUGGUAAAAAUUACAUUGAAAGCAGCAGAGAGAAUGUUUUCAGUUACUCUUUCCAGAACAGAAUUGCAUUUUUAUUUCUAUAUAUACACAUAUAUAUAUAGUACCAAGUUAAGAGACAAAGCAAGUUAUGUUGUAGUGAGUGUCUUAACUUCCUACACUGGAGACUUUUUCUAGACACAGUCUUUUAGAGACAACUGUAAUCUCACACCGCUUUGGUGCUCUCGUUACAGUUGGGUAAACUUGCCUGGGAGAGAAUAGCUUCUCAGUCUAACUUUUUUUGAAAGUAAUACCUUAUAAUAAGAGUAUCUUAAUGCCAUUGUGUUAAAAAAAAAAUAAAUGCUGGUAUGUAAUGCAAGUACAUAAAUAGCCAAAGUUUUCAGUAAUUGUUCAGUGUUACUAAAUUUGCUUUUUGUUUAACCUUCCAAGAUAACACACUAGGAAGACCUUCAGCAUGUUGAUAGCAUUUUGAAAAAAAAGUCCGAUCAACAAGAUUCUAGCAGAUACGCAGUUAUUUGAGCACAUUUCAGGUUUGAAUACAAUUUGGAGGCAAAACUUACUUUAGAGGAAGCGCACUGUAAUGACACUUCAAAGCAACAAAUGCUGCUUUUAAAUAGUGGCGUAUUGGCAGUUGUUAUUCAAACAUAGUGAAGGUCUUUCCUGAGAAAUCAGGUGACUUUUCUAUUGCUUCGAUUUUUGUGCAAAAAAAAAAAAUUUAAAAAAAAUCAAUGUAUUGCAAUCUUUUUUAAAAAUGGGGUGGGAAUAGUUAAAGAAAACUAUUUUAUGUAAGAACUGACAGAGGGAUUUGCUUUGUAUAAUGCAAGCUGGCUUUAAAAAAGCAUUGUAGCAAAUUAUUCAAGUCGAUCAUAUGUUAAUAGUUAUGUGCAACCAGACAUGCAAAACAAUUGUAUUUUUUUAAAUAAAUAUUUUUAACAAAGUUGCUGA